AUGUCAGUGAAGUUGUCCAACACAAAUCUGUACAUGAAGAAGCAGACGAACUUCGCGAUGAAGAGGGAAUUCGAAGAGUUCGAUGGCGAGGAGAAUAAGGAUCAGUUGGACAGCAACGGGUCGAGCGACCUCAAUUCGGAAUGCAGCGACCUUGAGAACGGGCCGGGGGACGAGGUCGGCACCGCCCUCGACUACACAGAGAACACUUUGACCCUGCAGCCGGUCGCCGACUUUAUAAAGAGGGAGCUACUACCCGAUUUCGACUUGAGCAACCCGUUCAGGAACCAGAGCUUAUACAAGGACGGCUUCCACGGCCGCUCCCCGUUCCUCCUGCCGACGCAGCUCUAUAAGAGCUUCCUCGCCAGCCUCGGGAAGAGAAGGAGGAACGUCGCGGAAUGCUAUCCCCUCUAUCCACGGAACAUGCUCUUCUCGAACGGGUUCCCGACGGAAACCGUCGAUGACGACAACGCUGAUGGAAUCCAGGACUCGCCGGACGAGGAGUCCAUAGAAGAUAAACCCAAUGGCAAAGAGAAGGCGGGUGCGUCGUCGGCGUUCGUUUGGAGCGGUGGGGGGGUCACCGGUGGUGGGGGUCAGGAGCAAGCAGCCGCGCAGCCAGCCGCCGUGCCAACUGGCACGUCAGGCGGUGGCGGCGCCCAGGGGCUGGUGCACUGGAUGUCAGUUAUGGCGGAACAUAUGGGAGGGGGGCACCACGACCCCUCCCACUACGCCUUGCCGCCUUGGAACAAUGGUGGAAUGGACCCGAGACUCUUCCCACGAAAAUCCAAAUUUGCAUACGCGUCCCGCUCCCGAACUAGACCAUUUAUAACUAGACAAACGGAGAGAAAGAAAGAAUUCGCGCGUCGUAUACUAAAUAGACAAAACCUGUUUAGCGAUUCAGCACGCAUCAUUACCGGGGCCACUCGUUUUCGCCUCAUUCAACGGAAACAAUCGCCCGCACAAUGGAGGCUGGGCGAGGGCAUCUAUGUCGCGGGCGACGGUAGCCACAAUUUUGACGGCCCGGAGACCGGUCCGGGAAGAUUAAUGGUCGCUCUACUCAUCGCCGUAAUGACGCCCCCUGCGCUCGGUCUAAUGACACUCGCUAGGGCGGCCACGCGGGUGGCGCUUCCCGGUGGAAUUUUCCUCGAGUCCUCGAGAGUUCGGAUUAGCAAAUGGAGACAAAUGUGGGCGUCCUUGGUUAAUGUCUUCGGCGCAAGAAAAAAAAAAGUGGGCAUGUUUAUCUUGGGCGAGAGCAGCGCCGCGGAUCUCCUGCCCCCGUGCGUUUCGGCCCUAAUCGAUUUCACUCGGGGCCCCGUCCAAUUUGGCGGAUUAAUCGCAAACACCCUAGUGUGCGGC